AUGGCAAUUGCACUAGCAGAAGCAGGAGCAGACAUUAUCCUCGUCCAGAUUGAAGAACGAAGAGCACUGAUGAAAGAUCACCAGCGAGAUGAGAGCAACAAGAAAACUUACGACCAAAUCAAGUCACUUGGGCGAAAAGUCAGCAUCGUCACAGCAAAUCUCUCCGACCAGUCAUCGGUAGAGAAGCUCAUACCAGAUCUCGUCAAGGCAGGUCACGACAUGCAUAUCUUGCUCACUUGCGCGGGAAUUCAGAAGCGACACCCAGCCCACCAAUUCCCUAUCGAUGACUGGAACACGGUAUUGCAAGUGAACCUUACGACGAUCUUUACACUGUGCCGGGAUUUCGGGGCAUAUCUCUUGUCUAAGCCGGCACCCGCCACGGGCACACGGGGCAACAUCAUCAAUGUAGCGUCUCUUCUCACAUUUCAAGGCGGUAUUACUGUUCCAGCAUACGCAGCAUCAAAGGGUGGAGUGGCACAGCUGACGAAAGCACUGAGCAAUGAGUGGGCAGGCAAAGGGAUCCAGGUCAACGCAAUCGCGCCAGGGUACAUCGAUACGGACAUGAACGAGGCACUCAUCGCGAAUGAGACGAGGGCGAGGCAGAUUCUGGAGAGGAUACCGGCUGGUCGGUGGGGGAAGCCUGAGGAUUUCAAAGGCGCGGUCGUGUACUUGGCGGGGAACGCAUCGCAGUAUGUCAGUGGAGAGGUAUUAACGGUCGAUGGGGGUUGGAUGGGCCGGUAG